AUGUUCCCGUCCCCCGCCUCCGACCUGUUCUUCCACAACUUUGACGUUCACCAGGCCAUCCUGAACCUGCUCUCGUCCGAAGACGCUCUUUCGCUCUGCACCGUCGUCCCCAUCCUGCGGUUCAAAGCCCCGCACUUUGUCCACCGGGCCAUCAGCAACAAGCGGGUGAAGAAGGGAAUCGCCACCAAGAACGUCGAGCUGAUUUGCUCUUCCCUGAACAGCUCUGACAUUACAUCCCUCAAUGCCACAAGGCUCUUCCGAGCCCGUAUCCCCUUCAUGACGUUCAUCAACACCCUCAAACCCAACCAGAAGGUGACGAUGCUUUGCUUGGACGGAAACACCAUCGCUGCCGGUGGCGCUCGUGCCAUCGCCGAGCUGCUCGAAGUCAACUCGACAAUCAAGUACCUCGAGCUCAGAGCCAACGGAAUCGAGCCCGAAGCCGCUGCAUUCCUGGCCGAGGGACUGGUCCGCACCAAAACACUCUCGUUUCUCGAUCUAACAACCAAUUUCCUCGGGCCCCAGGGAGUCGCCAGUCUCUCGCAGGCCCUCUGCCUCAACACCUCCAUCCGGUCCUUGGUCUUGUCAGAUGUUUGCAUGGGCGCCGACGGCGCACAGGCCUUGGCUCAACCGCUCCGUCAGUCGAAAACAUUGAGGGUGCUCAAGAUUCGAGACAAUCGAAUCGGGCCGGACGGAGCUAUCGCGUUGGCGCGAGCUCUAGAAACCAACAGCCACCUUGAAGUCCUCGAUUUGCAGCGCAACGGUAUCAUGAAUGAAGGCGCCGUGGCCAUAGCAAAUGCUCUCGAAGUCAACCAGACGCUGAAGAAUCUCAAUCUUCGAAACAAUCGGCUCGGCUGGAUCUCGGCCGAGGCAUUUGGACAGACUCUCAAAGUCAAUAGCACUCUGCGUGUCCUGGGCUUGGAUGAUAACAUGAUCAAGGACCAAGGUGUGUCGAUUCUUGCCGAUGGAUUGCGCCUCAACACUGCCCUACAGAAGCUGGAUCUCAACACCUCAAGAAUGUCAAGUGUGGGUGCAAUGUCCUUGUUGAGUGCCCUGGACUCCAACCAGACCUUGAGGAGACUCGAUUUGACAGGCAACUCGGACAUCCAACGAGACAUUGUCCCCAGCGUCGAUCGUCACUCGGCUCGCGUCGAGAUUUUUUUGGAUCGCAAUUUGACGGCAGACUAA